AUGUCUAGCCACGCAAUUCCCGCUAAGACGACUGUCCUGGUGAUCGGUGGAGGUCCCGGGGGAAGCUAUGCGUCGACAGUACUUGCUAGAGAGGGCAUAUCCGUUGUCCUACUCGAGGCUGCGAAGCAUCCCCGAGACCAUAUUGGCGAGAGCAUGCUCCCGUCCCUCAGACACUAUCUGCGCUUUAUUGGACUCGAAGAAACAUUUGAGGCGCAUGGUUUUCAACAUAAGCCCGGCGCCUGCUUUCGAUUCGCCCAAGAUGAUGUAGACUAUUACACCGACUUCUCAACCUUGGGCCCUGGCCGCACAACCUGGAAUGUUGUACGGUCGGAGGCGGAUGAGCUUCUUCUUCGUUAUGCUACCUCCCAAUCCGCUCAAGUCUUUGAGGAGACCCGUGUCGAAUGGCUUGAUUUCGAUGGAUCGCGUCCCAUACGUGCUCACUGGACUCGCAAAUCUGGCUCGCGCGGCUCAAUUGAGUUCGACUGGCUAAUUGACGCCUCUGGGCGCCAGAGCAUCAUGGCCACCAAAUACCUGAAGAACCGGAUUGUUCGAGACGCACUUCGCAACGUUGCUGUCUACGGCUAUUGGAGAGGCGCAGCUAUCUUCAACGAAGGUGGGCCGCGACAUGGGGCGCCGUUAUUUGAAUGCCUGUCAGACAAACUUGGCUGGGCGUGGUUCAUCCCGCUCCACAAUGGGACUACCUCUGUAGGCGUUGUCAUGCAUCAAGACAACUCAACGAGCAAGAAGAAAGACAGUGGACUCGCGCUUGAGGCACACUAUCUCGAUCAGCUCAAAUUGGCUCCUGGAAUUCUGGAGCUUCUCAAGGAUGGGGAAUUUGUCGUGGGAAGUGUAAAGAGUGUAGGAGACUCGAGCUAUUACGCGUCGUCUUAUGCGGGUGACCACUAUCGACUGGUGGGUGAUGCUGCAGCGUUUAUCGACCCACUCUUCUCAUCUGGCUUCCAUAUGGCGCUGACAGGCGGACUCUCUGCCGCUGCUACAAUCCUCGCGUCCUCAAAAGGACAGGUCAGCGAGGUCGAGACCCAGCAUUGGCAUACGACCAAGAUCGCAAUCGCCCAGACGAGAUUCCUGAUGGUUGUACUCAUUGCGUAUCGUCAAAUGCAGAGCAACCCAAGGAUGCUGGGGGCGUUGCGUAUGGAACAAUAUGGGGAAGCCUAUGACGUGUUCAGACCAGGCACGAAAGUCUUCAAGCUGCUCUUCACGAACGCUAAUCACAUUGAAAUAGUGUACCAAGGCGAAAAAGACACCUCCAACGACCUCCUCAAUACGGAAGAAAGCAUCAUCGCAGACUCGCAACUGAGCAAUCUCGUCGACUUUUCACGACAAUUUUUCCAGAUCUCGUCGGAUGAGGUUAAAGAGAAGCCUCAGCACAUUGUAGACAUGCAAGAGCUCAACCAUCUCAUUGAUUCGGAGGAUGACGACGCAAGAGAGCUUUUGCGGCGAUUGAAGAUGACUGCUUUGAGGAAUGACACGAGCGAAGAUACGCAUGAUACUAUCAAUGGCCUGUCAAUUCGAUUUGAGCGAGGACAUCUGGGGUUGAUACGUACUGAGUAG